AUGGCCGAACCAACCCCAAUCGAGCUCCCUGUCAUUGACAUCUCCAAUCCCCACGACCCCGCGGUGGGGAAGGCAAUGCUGGAUGCCGCCGCCAAGUAUGGCUUUCUGUACGUCAACAGCAAGGGCACUGAUUUUACUGCUGAAGAUGUGGAUCAUGGGUUUGAACUGUCAAAGAAGUUCUUUGCAUCUCCCGCAGCUGAGAAGGAAAUGUGCCGGAUUGAGCCAAAUAAUCGCGGUUGGUCUGGCAUGCAUAUCGAAACGCUAGAUCCCGAGCAUCAACGGACAGGCGACUUCAAAGAAGCCAUGAACUUCGGCGACUUUAAAGACGGCAAAGCCCAACAACCACUCCCACCCUCACUGAAGCCACACGAAAGCGAGAUCAACGACUUUGCCGGUCUCUGCAAUAAGACCUGCACCCGAAUCCUGACUCUGCUAGCCUUAGGCCUGGAAAUAAACGAAGACUUCUUCACAACCCGGCACGACCCGACAACAGGACCAACUGGCAGCAUCCUCCGCUACCUAUACUACCCAUCACUAAAAAGCGAAGCAACAAAAAGCUACAAACACGACAAAGAUGUGCGAGCAGGCGCACACUCCGACUACGGCAGUAUAACCCUGCUCUUUCAACGACCGGGCCAACCAGGUCUAGAAAUCCUAACACCGGAAAAGACCUGGGCACCCGUUCCCAUAAUCCCCGGCAAUGGAAGCGAGGUAGAGAAAAAGAAGUACCCAUUCCCACCAAUCCUGGUGAAUAUCGGUGAUCUGUUGAGUUACUGGACGGACGGGUUGCUCAAGUCGACUGUGCACCGUGUUGUGUUUCCGUUAGCUGAGCAGAGGUGUGAGGAUCCUCAGGAUAGGUAUACGCUUGUUUACUUUUGCCAUCCGGUUGAUGCGACGGAGUUGGUUCCUGUUCCUGGGGAGGUUGUUCGUUUGCAUCGGGAGAGGACUGGGGACAUUGGGGAGGGGGGCAUUGUUGGGUUUGGGGGUGGGGCUGGGAGUUUGGAGGCUGGGAAGAGGCCUUUGACUGCUCAUGAGCAUCUUAUGUCUAGGUUGGAGGCUACAUAUGGAUUUAAGAAGGAUGAAUGA